AUGGCCUCUCAAGACGCUGAUGACGCGGAGCUGGGGACAGCCUCAUCGAGUGGUGUACCAGGGGUUGAGCAGCCAGAGGGCAGGAAUAAUCCUGUUUACCAGCCCACUGUUGGGUCACAAGACUGUCAAAAGCAAGAACUACUUACCCUUGGGGCCAUCCAGAUCCUGAACGGAGCCAUGAUUCUGGCUCUGGGUGUUUCUCUGGGCUCCUUACAAUACGUGGCACACCUUUUCCGGCAUUUCUUUUUCUUCACCUUCUACACAGGCUACCCGGUGUGGGGCGCUGUGUUCUUUAUUAGUUCAGGAACCUUGUCUGUUGUGGCAGGGAGAAAACCCACAAGAAUACUGAUGCAAAACAGUUUUGGAAUGAACAUUGCCAGUGCGACAAUUGCACUAGUUGGGAUUGCUUUUCUCUCAAUAAAUUUGGCAGUUAACAACCAGUCAAUCAAGAGUUGUCAGUCUUCAAAGUCGCCGGACUUAUGCAUUUACAUGAGCUCCUCAUCAAAUGGCCUGGUAUCUCUGAUGCUGAUUCUCACCUUGCUGGAGCUGUGCGUAACCAUCACUCUCUCAGCCCUGUGGUGCAAGGCCAACUGCUGUGAUAUGACAGAGGCUACUUCCUCGCUUCCCAAUUCUGUGGAAUCAGAAAUACCCUCCUGAUGAAAGCAAUUCU